AUGGAGGAUAGCCCGCUGUCUGUCAUCGCCAACAUCGCCGGCAUUCUCACCUUUGCCGUGGCCAUCUUGGCGUCCAUCUAUGUCCGCUUUGUGUCCUUGCGCAAUGGUCGCAUCGAGAUGCAAUCGAUUCAAGACUCCGUCGUAGACGUUCUGAACGAUCUUGAGAAGAUGAAUAGUUCAGCUUCAGCCGUUCUGCAAGGCAAUACCCACCUCAUCGUCAAUCAAGACGACGAAGACGAUGUUAUCUGGUUAAAGAGACUUGGGAGUUCGUUGCUUGCGACAGAGAUUUUAAUCCUCGCUUACUGUUUGCGCGCUAUGAAUGCAGAGACGAGCAUGGUGGAAGCCGCAUUGUCAUCCGCGCGAUCUCUUCAAGAUAUUGGGAUCACCCCCACAACAUUUACAGAUUUCGUCUUGAAAUCUCGAGAAGCGACUCAAAAAGCGACUCAAAAAGCGGCUCAAAACUCGUCAGACCACCUGAAGCAAUUCAUGUAUCUACUCCCCGAGCCCCUCACAGACCAGCUCCCUAUGUCCUGGGUGCUUUACGUACUGACAGUGGGGUCAACACCAACUCUGAUGCGGUGGUAUCGAGUUCGAGAAAAGGUUUUAGAAAAGGUGCGCGAGAGGGAGAUCUUACGAUCACGCAUACUAUCUCACCAGGUUUCAAUGGCGAAUUCGUAA